ACUAGAGCUCCAUGUCUAAGCCAACUGACCAAAUGGACUUGAGGGUCUUUCAAUGUUCAAGCACACAAAAAGUGAAUUCCCACCACCAUUGGAAGCCUGUGUGUUCUCAAUGUGGGAACCAGGUUCAAGGGUCAGUCAUACUCGUCUACAAACGCACUACAGUUUUGAUUCCAGGUGUUUCCAUCGCUGUACGAGAUGAAGGAUUUAAGGUCUCUUCCUUAAAGCCUACUUUAAAAACAUGAAAUACCAACAGCUUGGAACCUGUUUGGACCACAUUUAAUAGUAUUUAAAGAACCAAAGAUCCUCUAUAUGACAGGACUGCUUUUAAGGAACUACUACUAUUAUUACUACAAAAGAAAAAAAACCCACUCGUUAAAGGGUCCCUCACAUGAUUUAUCAGCUUUGCCUAAAUAUGUUACGUAUUGUUUGUAAUUAUGUUCUACAUUGUUCCAUUUUUUUUUUCCUAAGGUAAAUUCUCAACAAUUACUUGUAGUUGAUGGCGCCACCCACGACGAGAUACUGUAGCUCUCACAGUUCAGCUUCAAACAAACAUGGCGGCGUACGAGACAGAGGACGUUUACAGUGAUUAGAGCGAAGAUUUGAGCCAUGUGUCAAUAGUCAACAGCCUUAAGACAUGGAGAUGAAGAUUGGUCCCCUUCAAAACACAGGAUGUGUGACCAGCCAGGUCCAAAGAUCACUUCAUUGUUUACUCAAGCUCUCACCCGGGAGGCUCGCAGGGACCACAACGCUUCCUUUUUGAACCUGAAACCUCGACUGGUGUCUCCUCCGUCGCCGCCUCCUCCAUCCUGUGUGUCUUUCUUUAAGCCAUGUGCCUCUAAGAGCAGAAGACAUAAGGGACCCGGAAGCCUCAGUUCUGUUUCAGGUUUACAAUAUGAAGAAUCCGAGCUAAAGAUGGGAUCAGUAGCGUCAUACUGUGGUCCGCUGUGUGGGCAGCAGCAAAAGAAUGAGGAGCAGAGACUCUUGCGAGCCAAUGACAGACCUUUCAACCUGUCCUACCACUAUGCAAAUAACGCCAUCAAGACGUCCAAAUACAACGUCUUCACCUUCCUGCCACUUAACCUCUUUGAGCAAUUCAGGAGGCUCGCCAACGGAUACUUCCUCUUCCUGUUUAUACUUCAGCUCAUCCCACAAAUCUCCUCGCUCUCCUGGUUCACCACAGCCGUCCCUCUUGUUUUGGUACUUUCCAUAACAGCAGUCAAAGACGCUACUGAUGACAUAAACAGACACAAAAGUGACAAACAAGUGAACAACCGCAAAGUGAGUGUUCUCAUCGACGGAGAACUUCAAAGUGAAAAAUGGAUGAAUGUUCAAGUUGGAGAUGUCAUUAAGCUAGAAAAUAACCAGUUUGUCACAGCGGACCUACUUCUGCUGUCUAGCAGCGAGCCUCUAAAUCUGGUCUACGUUGAAACGGCAGAAUUAGACGGCGAAACCAAUCUGAAAGUGAAACAGGCUCUGACUGUCACUGGAGAGCUGGGAGACAGCAUUGAAGCACUGGCCAGCUUCAAUGGUGAAGUGAGAUGUGAACCUCCAAACAACCGCCUGGACAAAUUUAAAGGGACGCUGACACUGGAUGGACAAAUGCACUCUUUGGACAACGACAAAGUGCUCCUCCGAGGGUGCACUCUGAGAAACACAGAGUGGUGCUUUGGAUUGGUUAUCUUUGGAGGUCCAGACACCAAGCUGAUGCAAAACAGUGGAAAGACGACGUUCAAACGGACCAGCAUCGAUCACCUCAUGAAUGUCUUGGUGCUUUGUAUAUUUGGCUUCCUGGCGUCCAUGUGCUCCGUUCUGACCAUUGGAAACGCAAUCUGGGAGACGAAGGAGGGGUCGGUGUUCACUGUGUUCCUCCCACGAGAACCCGGCGUCGAUGCUCCUCUCUCAUCAUUCCUCACCUUCUGGUCGUACGUCAUCGUCCUCAACACAGUGGUGCCAAUAUCGCUCUACGUCAGCGUGGAGAUCAUCCGUCUUGGGAAUAGUUUCUACAUCGACUGGGACAGGAAGAUGUAUUACCCCAAGUGUGACACUCCUGCUCAGGCGAGGACCACCACUCUGAACGAGGAGCUGGGUCAGAUCAAAUACAUCUUCAGCGACAAGACGGGCACGCUGACGCAGAACAUCAUGACCUUCAAUAAGUGCUCCAUCAACGGCAAAAAUUACGGUGAACUGUUUGACUUUUCAGGACAGAGGAUGGAAAUAACAGAGAAGACACCAAAGGUCGACUUCUCCUGGAACCAGCUUGCCGACCCAAAGUUCAUUUUUCAUGACCACAGCCUGGUUGAAACUAUCAAGCAGGGCAACAUGGAGGCUCAGGCCUUCUUCCGUUUGUUGGCUCUGUGCCACACCGUGAUGCCUGAGGAAAAGAAAGAGGGCGAGCUCUACUAUCAGGCUCAGUCCCCUGAUGAAGGCGCUCUGGUCACCGCCGCAAGAAACUUCGGAUUCGUGUUUCGCUCACGCACGCCGGAGACCAUCACGGUCAUGGAGAUGGGCACACGGGUCACCUACGACCUUUUGGCUGUGCUGGACUUCAAUAAUGUGCGCAAGAGGAUGUCAGUCGUAGUGCGUAACCCUGAGGGGAAGCUGACUCUAUACUGCAAGGGAGCAGACACCAUCAUCUACGAGAGGCUGCACUCCUCCUGUAGCAAGCUGAUGGGCACCACCACAGGACAUCUCAAUGAGUAUGCAGGCGACGGGCUCCGCACGCUGGCUCUGGCCUACAAGGAUUUGGACGAGCGACACGUGAAGGAGUGGAUGCGGCGCAUGCACGAGGCCAGCACCGCCAUUGAUGGAAGAGAAGAGAAAGUUGAUCAACUGUAUGAAGAGAUUGAAAAAGACUUGCUGCUUCUGGGAGCAACAGCUGUAGAAGACAAGUUGCAGGAUGGUGUCCCACAGACCAUAGAGCAGCUGGCCAAAGCGGACAUCAAAAUUUGGGUAUUGACCGGAGAUAAACAAGAGACGGCGGAGAAUAUCGGCUAUUCCUGCAACAUGCUGCGAGAAGAGAUGAAGGAUGUGUUCGUGGUGUCUGCAAAUACAGCAGAAGGAGUCAAACAGGAGCUACAGAGUGCAAGAAAGAAAAUGUGUCCCGCAGCUGCCGAGGCACCAACUGUGACCAAAGCUCGUGCAGGCCUCUUCUGGCUUCAGAAGACAGAAACUGUGCAUGAUGACAAAGUGGAGGGAGAAUAUGCACUUGUUAUAAAUGGACACAGUCUGGCCUUUGCCUUGGAGAAAGGCUUGGAGUUGGAACUGUUGAGGACAGCAUGCAUGUGCCAAACAGUGAUUUGCUGCAGGGUCACUCCACUGCAGAAAGCCCAAGUUGUUGAACUGGUGAAGAAAUACAAGCAGGCGGUCACUUUGGCCAUCGGGGAUGGGGCCAACGACGUCAGCAUGAUCAAGGCUGCACAUAUUGGUGUUGGCAUCAGCGGUCAGGAGGGCAUGCAGGCUGUUCUGUCCAGCGAUUACUCCUUUGCCCAGUUCCGCUACCUGCAGCGCCUCCUGCUGGUGCACGGCCGCUGGUCCUACCUGCGCAUGUGCAAGUUUCUACAGUACUUCUUUUACAAGAACUUUACCUUCACCUUUGUGCAUUUCUGGUAUGCCUUCUUCUGCGGGUUCUCGGCACAGACUGUGUAUGACGAGUGGUUCAUCACCAUGUACAACCUGGUUUACACAGCUCUCCCAGUCCUCGGCAUGAGCCUUUUUGACCAGGAUGUGAAUGACCGCUGGAGUUUCCAGUAUCCUCAGCUUUACUCGCCGGGGCCUCUGAACGUUUACUUUAAUAAGAAGUCCUUCAUCCGCUGCAUGAUCCACAGCUGCUACAGCUCCCUCAUCCUCUUCUUCAUCCCUUGGGCCACCAUGCACGACACGGUGCGAGAUGACGGCAAAGACAUUGCAGAUUAUCAGUCUUUCGCGUUACUGGCGCAGACGUGUCUGCUUGUCGUGGUCAACAUCCAGUUGUGUCUAGACACCUACUACUGGACAGCUGUGAACCAGUUCUUUGUGUGGGGCAGCCUGGCAGUCUACUUUGCCACCACGUUCACCAUGCACAGCAACGGCAUGUUCCUCAUCUUCACCUCCAUAUUCCCCUUCAUCGGUACAGCAAGGAACUCUCUGAACCAGCCUAACGUGUGGUUGACUAUAUUCUUGACAACCCUCCUAUGCAGUGUGCCAGUGAUCGCUUUCCGUUUCAUAAUCAUCCAGCUGAAACCCACCAUCAAUGACAAGGUGAGACAUAAGUUGCGUAAGGAGGCCCUGCCCGCUCCCGCUCCUCGCCGUCCACCGACCAGGCGAAUCAGCACCCGGCGGUCGGGCUACGCCUUCUCUCACACACAGGGCUACGGAGAUCUGGUGACAUCUCGAAGAUUCCUGCUGAAACGUCCUCUGAAGAGUCGGACUGCCUUGUUCAAACAAACCGAGUCUCCUCUGGUGCAGAACCAGCCACAGCAUUACCGCACCAUCACAGAGGAGCCACAGCAGCCACGCUUCCACUAGUCCAAUCAAAGGUACCAACUUGCUUUGUUUACUUGAAGCUGCUCUCCACAGGAAUUUGGGAUCUGUAGAAGGCUCAUUGAGACCUUCCAAACAUACCGUACUGUACACCGCAAUUCAAUUAUUCUCAUCCAUGCUGUGAUUUAGCGUUUGAAACUCGGCUGCCUGUGCUAAAAAUAGAAUUUUCUCCCUUUUUAAUUCAAAUGUAAUUUUUUCCCCAUUACAUUGCCCUUGCUUAGGGCGAUUUUAGUUUUUUUUUUUCUACUGUCCUAAAUUUGUUGUUUACAUAAAUAUUGACAUAUUGAAAUUAUUAAAAAACAAAAAAACACCGGUAUGUUGUUCUACACUUUUGCAAUGACGUAUUUAUUCAUGUCACAUACAGUACCUCCAUGUGGAGCUGUCACUUGCAGUGUUACUAAAGUACCGCCAGGAGGCAGUGUUUCAGCGUUAGUAAUGUGCAGCAUGUCGGAAAUCCUAAAUGUGACCAUUAUUUCACUUUACCACACUAUCUCGUCUAGGAAUUGUAUUGGAUUUUUUUUUUACUGGCACAACGAUGUUUCAUCUUCAUCAUUUCAGUGUGAAUAAAAGAAAUACACAGCCACAAAAGUCAAAGUAGUUCCUCGAGAAAAUUUUAGCGUUCAUAGUAAUAACUAGUUUUAAUAUAAUUAUCUUGAAGGUUAAAAAAAUACAAAUAAAUACGGAUUUGAACGCCCCCUGGAGGCCACGUUUAGCACUUGCGCCGGCUCUGGAUGGAUUGGUCUAAUUUCAGGCGUGUCAAAACGUUUUUUCUCCAAAGACCACAUACUAGUGAUGUGCGAUACCACUGCUUUGCUUUCUAAUCCGAUAAUGAGAAUCGCUGGUAUCGGCGAUACGGCUACGUUGUGCAAAUUCACCAACUGCCUAGUAAAUUUUAAAAAGUUGUGUAUUUCAUAUCCUAGCAUAAAGAAUACAAGAUUUACUAAAUGUAUCGUAUGUAUUAAAUACAUUAUUAAUGUAAAUAAAUUAUUAAUUAAAAAAAUAGCUAUAAUUUUUUAUUAAAAGAUAUUAAUAAAUACAUUAUUAAUUAAAAUAAUUAUUUCUUUAGUUAAAGCCCUGAAAGCAUAUUGAGGUAGCAGGUUGAAGAUAAUAUACAACAACUGAAAAAAAGAGGACAUCAUAUAAAAUACGUGAAAAUGGUAUUUUCACCAAUAAAAAAGACAAUAACUGAAAUAAUAAAACCCAUAGAAUAAAUGAUUAUUAAGAACUGCUGUAUUGAAAACUGUAUUCACAAUUCACACAUGGCUCCUUACACUCAGUCAUUAUUUCAACAGACGAACGUUUCAGGGAAACAUGACCUCAAACGACUCAAGUAUCAAAACACAAGUAUUGAUAUUUUCAUUUGAGAAUCGAUUUUAUAGCACGAAGGGAUGGUAUCACAAGUAUCGAUAUUUCAGUAUCAGUCCGCUCAUCACGACCACAUACUGACAAAUCAAAGGAUGCCAGAGUACAUUUUUAUAUUUUUCAUUUUGUAAAAUAAAUAAAUGAAUCCUGUUCUAUCAGUGUUUUUUUGGUCAAUUUUUGCUGUUGUUUUUUUUCUGUUUCCUUGUUAAAUUGUAUUUUUAGAACAUAAGGCGGUCCAACAAAAAAUGAACUGCAGGCCGCAAAUUAAUUCUAGUUAGUUACAUUUUUUAGCAUAGGCCCACUGUUAGCAUACCACGUCACUGUUACGAAGACAGACGGCGGCACAGUGUAGUUCCCCACAGAGUCACGCAGAGUCUGACGCUCUUUUAUAACUUUAAUCUGACCUGAACACAUCAGCAGCAGUGCUAUUCCAACAACAUACAGUGAGUAUACUGUACGUAUCUUCAACUCACAAACGCGUCUUUAGUCCCUUCGUCAACGGGAGGACACUUCCUCAUUGUCACGACACGACCGCGUGAUGCAUUUAGGGACACUCGGAACAGUACGACAACGCCUAAAAUACGCUCAAAAUGUGAAUGCAAGUCAAAUGACGCGGUGUGUUUUAACGCAACCCCUUAUUGCUCACAAUAACACGGCUAAAGUGUGAUUCGAAUGUUCUGCUGCUAGAAACUAGUGUUAGGUCAAUAGAUUUUAAAGACAUGUUUGGCAUCUUUUAGCUUGAUUAAAAU